AUGGCCUCCGUCGCUCGCUCAAUCGAUCGCUUGGCCCUCAUGGCAUGCAUGGCCUUGAUGAUUGCAAUCUCCUGGGCUCGUCAGGCAAGAGAUACUCGUGAUAUUCCACAUGAUCCAAUGGGUUACGUAUCCGAGGUUUACGGAACAAUCCUGUGCCAGCACAGCAUCAGUGCAUCAAUACUGGGCCUAAUCCCCGAUCCCGUCGAAGCACACCAGCUGUUAUAUCGGACAACCGCUAUCAAUGGCACGCCCAUUGCAACAGUGACCACGGGUUUUAAGCCUUUAGUGGGCACGAAGAGGGAUCGAUUCAUCUCCUUUCAAACGGCCUAUGAUAGCUCUGCGGCCAUCUGUAAUCCUAGCUAUAAUUACCAGCUAGGCGCCGCGCGGACCGACCUGAUCUCUUCUGCCGAGAUGUUGAUCAUUCAAGCCUAUAUUUCGCUCUAA